UUAUCAAACAGACAUGGCUAUGUUGAAGUAUUUGCUUGCAGCAGCGUCGCUGUUCAUCUCUCUUUUCGUUCAGGGCAUGCGCGGUGAUAACAUGACUACUUGGUUUACUGGUGCAACUGCGUCGUUCUACGGCGACAUGCGUGGCAGAGGAACCAAUAAGGGUGCCUGUGGAUACGGUGAUCUGAAAAAACAAGGCUAUGGCUUGGAGACGACGGCUCUCAGCACAGCACUCUUUAACGACGGCCUUGCUUGUGGCGCUUGUUACGCCCUCAUAUGUGUCGAUGAUCCAAAAGGGUGCUUACCUAAUGCUGGUGCUGUCUUAGUUACAGCAACCAAUUUUUGCCCAUCAAAUUAUACCAAGCCUUCAGGGGGCACCAACAACUGGUGCAACCCACCAUCGAAACACUUCAGGUUGUCCCUGCCUGCGUUCACAAAAAUCACAGAUGAAAAUACUCCUAUGGUACCAGUUAUAUAUCGCAGAGUCCCGUGUGGUAAAGCUGGAGGGGUUAAGUUCCAAAUAGUGAAGGGGGGCUCUAGUGUGAUGCGUGUGUUAUUGUACAAUGUGGCCGGAGCUGGUAAUGUUUCUGAUGUCAAAAUUAAGGGUUCUACCAGUUCUGGUUGGCUUCAUAUGACAUGAAUUCAGGGCCAAACUUGGCAGAUCGGAAACAAGUUACAAGGCCAAAGCUUGUCGUUCCUAGUUACCACUAGUGAUGGGAAGACGGUAGAGUUUGAUAACAUUGUGUC